UGAAAACUUAAUACAAACGUGACUUCACGUGUAAAGACGUAACAAAAAGAUUCAGAAGUUUAUUUCAAAUGGUGUGAAUAAGUGAUUUAUUGUAAAUUUAACUUGAGCUCUCAAAAUGGUACGCCAUAAUAAUCAGCUGCCUAACAACCUCACGCAACUGCAAAAUCUAAUCAAGAGGGAUCCAGAAUCAUACAAGGAAGAAUUCAGUCAGCAGUUGGCUCAUUUUAAAACCACUUUGGAGAUAUUUAACCUUAAUCCGACGCAAUACAACAAGAAAUUAGAUGAACAAUCUAUGUUCCUAGCUCAAGUAGCCCAGUGCUAUUUGGAAGACAUGAAAUAUUUUCCUCAGAAAAUAAUUGAUAUCUUAAAAAGUCACAACACGACUUUGCACAAUGAUAUGCGUCUUGCAUUGUGUAAAUGUUUAAUUUUAUUGAGAAACAAAAACUUCAUUACACCUUUUGAUUUGUUGGAACUGUUUUUCAACUUACUGAAAUAUCAAGACAAGCACUUGAGAGAGUUCUUAAAAACUCAUAUCAUAACAGAUAUUAAGAACAUGAAUAUGAAGCAUAAAGAUAUGAAAUUUAAUUCAACACUGCAGAACUUUAUGUUUUCUAUGCUGAGGAAUUCUGAUGCUAAAGCUGCAAAAUUAUCAUUGGAUAUUUUAAUAGAGCUUUAUCACAAGAAUAUAUGGAACGAUCAGAAGACAGUGAACAUAAUUGCUGACAUUGGAUGUUUUUCCAAAGUUACUAAGGUAAUGGUUGCUUCAUUAAAAUUCUUUUUAGGCCGAGAUGAAGCUGAAAAGGAAGAGAAUUCGGACAGUGAGGAUGAAGUGGAUCCGAGGGAUACCAUGAUUGCCAAUAAAUUUAACAAAAAAACAAGGAAAAGAGAUAAGAUGGUAGAAAAAGUGAAGAAAGUUGCAAAGAAGUUAAAAAAGAAGAAGGAAAAGGCUCCUGUAUUUAAUUUCUCCGCACUGCACUUACUUAACAACCCACAAGGAUUUGCUGAGAAACUGUUCAAAUUAAUGGAGUCAUCUAAUGAAAGGUUUGAAGUGAAACUCAUGUGCCUUGAUGUCAUCUCAAGGCUUAUUGGAUUGCACAAUUUGUUCUUGUUUAACUACUAUCCAUUCAUUGCAAGGCUCUUGCUGCCACAUCAGAGAGAAGUCACUAGAAUACUCCAGUUUGCAGCUCAGGCAUCCCAUGAACUGGUACCAGCUGAAAUUAUAGAACCAGUCAUGAGGGCUAUUGCAAAUAAUUUUAUCACAGAAAGGAACUCCACAGAUGUUAUGGCCGUUGGAUUAAAUGCAGUAAGAGAGAUCUGUGCCCGCUGUCCUCUGGCUAUCACAGAGGACCUGUUGAGAGAUUUGGUACAGUAUAAAAACUACAAAGAAAAAUCUGUUAUGAUGGCUGCCAGAUCACUCAUUCAGCUCUACAGACAGUCAAUGCCUACUCUUCUGCACAAAAAAGACAGGGGAAGGCCCACUGAAGCUUCCUUAGAGCUAAAAACAAAGAAAUAUGGUGAUAUGGACAUUAAAGACUAUGUACCUGGCUCUGAAGUACUUCUAGAAAAGAAGGAUAUCACUGAGGAUGAGAAAAAGAAAAAGAAAGGAAAUAAGAAAAAGGGUAAUGAGUCUGAUAAUGAUGAUUGGGUUGAUGUUAAUUCAGAUGAGUCAGAAAUUGAUAUAUCUGACAGUGAUGAAGAUAGUGAUGAUGGAGAAGAAGAGGAAGAAGAAGUUGUUGAAGAAGAAAAAGAUAUUGAUGAAGACGCAGGAAACAAAGAUAACCAACCACAGGAAAAAGAAGCAAACACUAGGAAAGUAUUGAAAGCCAAAAGAAAGUUAAAUAAAGAAGAUAUUGCUGAGAAAGUUGAAACUGCAAGAAAUAUAGCAAUGGAUACUAUUUUCACUGAUGAAGAUUUUAAGAGAAUUGAUGCUGCACAGGUUAAGAAACAUGUGAGUGGAAUAAAAAGAAACAAGAGUUUUGUAGAAGAUGAAGAGGAGUCUGGAGAAUUAGUCCAGCUCUCUGCUAUUGAGAAUAUUCACAAAAAGAGGAAGCAUGAUAAAAAUGCUAGAUGGGAAUCAGUUCUCAAAGGGAGGGAAGAAAGAGACAAAUUUGGUUAUAAAGAUAGAAGGAAGAAUAUACAUUGCUCUAAAACUAACCGAGAAAAGAGGAAAACUAAGAACUAUCAAAUGGUCAAACAUAAAGCUAAGGGCAAAAUCAAACGAUCAUUCAAAGACAAACAAGUUGCUUUCAGAAAUUAUUUGAUUAAGCAGAAGAAAAUGAAAUAAUAAAAAUUUAAAUGUAUAUUUUUUCAACUCUGUAUUGUUUUCUUUGAUACAUUUGUUGUUUCCUUUACAA